UAACCGAAUACCCGGACCGGACCGUCGUCUACAAAUUCAACGGCCUGUACCCAACCUUCAUCGUUUCUUACGCCAUACCAAUUUCUCUCCGAUCGAGCUUCGAUUAUCAUCUCUAUUCCAAAUCCAUACUAAAACCAAAGAAACAUCCGAUCGAUUCCCAUCUUCCUCUUUCUUUUCAUCCUUUUUUUCUAUUGUUUCGUCAUCGAACUCUCGCAUGCUAGGGUUAGGGUUUCGAUCUCUUCGAUUCACGUUUUUUUACCGCCUUUUUCCUUAAUCGCGUGGAAGGAAACACAGAUUAUUGGGUUUUCCAUUAGUUUCCCCCCUUCAAUUUGGUCGUGAUUUUGAUAGGACAAAUGGGAACUAAAAGGUCAAAUGAGGAGCUUCUGGAGUUUUCCUACAAGCACCCAAAGCUUAUUUCCUCUUUGACAGAAUCAUAUCCUUCUUGUGUUGAACCCGUUUACGAAGCUGAUGUUUCAGAUUCUUCUGCAAAAGCAUUAGAGGUCAGCACUCCUUUCUCAUGUGUUACAAACAAUACCAAUGAGGAAGAUUAUAGAUCUGGAGGAACUGUUCGCUCACCUUUUUUUCCAGAUUACUUUGAACUUCACCACCCAAGAGGACCAACAGACUCUUAUGAUGGUAGACAUUCAUCUAUGCUAGACACGCCUCCUAGAAAACAUAUUCCCCUGGGACCAAAUCAUCAGGCUGAACUUCCAACAUGGGAUGAUGAUCUAUUGGGUUCUAAUCAUGCUGACAUGAAAAAAUUUAUGGGGUAUACUGUCAUUUCGAUGCCCCGUGAUGACUUGGCUGUUGAUGAUGUCAAGGUUGGAGAUGGAAAGGGGGAUUGUUGUUGUGAUGAUGAAGGUUCAGUCAGAUGUGUGCAGCAGCACUUAAAAGAAGCUAGAGAGAAGUUAAUAGAAAACAUCGGGAGCGAUAAAUUUGCGAUGUUGGGAUUUUGUGAAAUGGGAGAGGAAGUAACGAAGAAUUGGACUGGUGUGGAAGAAGACAUUUUUCACAACGUUGUUUAUGCUAACCCCAGCUCGAGUGGCAAGAAUUUUUGGAACCAUCUCUCAGUAGCCUUUCCUUGUCGAACCAAAAAGGAAAUUAUCAGCUAUUAUUUCAAUGUGUUCAUCCUUAGAAGGAGAGCUGUUCAGAAUAGAUCCAAUUUUCUGGAUAUUGACAGUGAUGAUGACGAGUGGCAGGAAGUAAAUGAAAAUCCGAAAGAAGACGACAUGUCUCUUGAUUACGCAUAUAAUAAUCAUGGCAUUUUGUUGGAUAAUGACGAUGAUUCUCCCGCUGGUAAUAGGUUGUCUGGUAUAUUUGGUAGUCACAGCAACUAUAGUGAAUGGUUGAGCAGGAAUCACUUCCCAUCUUUAAUGAAAGGGCUCGAACAAGAUGAUGAUGAUACUUCUGAUGAAGAGGAGGAUGAUGAUACAGACAAUGAUGAUCAAGAGAAUGAAACUGAUAACUACGAAUGCAACGAUGAUUUGGAAGACAAUGCUCCUGUUUUGCAAACAAAUAUGGUUAAUUAUGCUGGAAAAGAUGUGAAGCAUAAUAAUUUUGCUGUGGAGGCUAAGGCUGAGCAGAAAAGGGGGAGUUGGAAUGAAAGUGUAACUUUUGAAUGUCAGCAUAAUAAUUUUGCUGUGGAGGCUAAGGCUGAGCGGAAAAAGGGGAGUUGGACUGAAAGUGUUGGCGGGGCGGUUAAUGGCGUGGUGGAGGGGCAUGGAUAUCUAUUAGAUUUGUCUGAUGUUAGUAGGGUUUGGGAUGGAAGGUAUCCAACUACGGCUGCUGCUGCUGCGAAAGAUGUGGAUCUGUUACCUACUUGCAAUAUGAUGGAAGAGAUUUUUGGGGAAUCAAACAGCAAGUCUAGUGACAGCUAAACAAGUGGUAGGUGAAGAACCUCCAAAGAUGGUAAUUCCUAAUUUUAUUUAUAUUAAAUAUAAAAAUGCAGGGUGCUGCAUUAAUAAUAAUAAUAAUAAUAUAGCAUUCUCUUAUUUACUAUCCCUUGCUUUGGGGGUGUGGUGGGGGUUUGAGUACAAAAUUGGAAUAUUUUGGGAGGAUGACAUCUAUAGAAUUUUCUUCUUUGUAUUAGAAGACAGCACCAAUGGUGGAGUAACUUCUUCCAUAUAUAUAUAUAGAUAGAUAGAGAUGUAUGAUAGCUGAAUUUUGGUAUUUGGGUUUUUUGGAUGUUAGGUUGUUCUUGAAGAUGUUGGGGGGAAAUCAAUGUAAAUUUGAUGGAAUCUGUUGUGUUAUUUUGUAAUAUAAUUAGAGAUGUAGAUAACUUUUUUCCAUGAUUCCAUCCCAUUCAAUGAUAUUUUGUUAUAUAU